AUGUACCAGUACGUCCUCGUUGAGAGACCCUCGAGUGAGCUUGACUUCAGCUCCAUUAUGAUUGGGCACGUGUACUACUUCCAUCUCCUGAUCUACAAGCACACGCGAUAUCACUACGACAUGUCGCUGACUCAAUAUAAUACACCCAACGAAAGCGAGCAAAAACCCAGGAUCCACAAUCUGCAGCUCCUCCAAUCCCGCCCACAAGCUCUUCCCAAUCCGUUCACCGAGACGGCCCAGCUCCAACGAACCAACGGCCUCUUCCUCUUGAUAAUUCUCCGCCUCGACCCUUGGUUUUUCAUUUUGCUUUCCCUUUCUCAUGCAACAAGCAUUCUCAUGUGCGCUUCUCGGGGUGCUCUUGUUGUCUACAGCAUGACCUGA